AUGAAUGGUAGUUAUUAUUUGAUACAAAAUGUUCAACCUUCUUCGAAUGGUGUAGUCUAUGUACCAAUAUUGAAAUGGUCUGAUUCUAGCAAUUGGACACAAUAUGCAUUAUCAAAUGUUAUUGUGUGGCCUGGUAAUUCAUUAAUACCACCUACCGGUCAUGCAUUGAUUUCAAGUGUUAGCUUACGAAUCGGUGUUAUUGAAUCAUCUCCAUUCACAAUAAUCAGUUAUAUAACAGAUGAAAAAGGACAAACCACAACAAAGUUAAUUGGCUAUAUACCGGAUCUUAUUGAUCUUUUACAAACAAGAAUGGGUUUUACUCCUCAAAUUAUAUUAGCAUCCUCAAAUCAAACCUAUGAUGGAUUAAUCGAUUCAGUUGCAAAUGGCUUGUAUGAUUUGGUGAUAGGUGAUGUCACAGUUACGGCUAAACGAAGAAAAAUUGUCUCUUUUUCGAAUUCAAUAUUUGAUAAUUCUUUACGCAUCAUUGUUCGAAAAACAUCUCCUGUUAGUGUAGAUCUUGCAUCAUAUUUGAAGCCAUUCUCAUUGAGACUCUGGAUAGUUCUCUUGCUAUCUGUUAUCUAUGCUUCUGUUUUAGUGUAUCUACUAGAACGACAAGAUAACGAAUCAUUACAAGAUAGGUCAAUCAUUUCAUCACUUGCAAUGAGUAUAUGGUACUCUAUUGGUAAUGUUAUGGGAUAUGGUGCUGAUAUGCAACCUUCGACAGCAGCUGGACGAUUAUUAACUGUUGGUCUAUAUGUUUUAAGUGUAGUAUUAGUAGCAACAUAUACUGCGAAUUUAGCAGCUAAUCUAACUGUAUCUAAAUCUACGAAUAUUAUUUCUGGAAUUGAUGAUAUCAAAAACGGCAAGCUACUAUUUAGUCGCAUAGGUGUUCGUAUAGGUACAGCUGGUGAAGAUUACUAUUUACAAGAAAUUUCUCGACAGGAGCGAAAUUUUCAUCCAUUGGCAUCUAGGCAAGAGUUAUAUGACAGUCUACUCAAUGGUGUCAUUGAUGCAUCUUUCAUGGAUAUCGGUGUUGCAGAAUAUAUAACCAAUAAUGUAUAUUGUAAUUUGACUUUGGUUGGAGCAGAUUUUGAUAAGAGUAUAUUUGGUAUAGUUUUUCGUAAAAACUGGUUAUAUGAGCAAGAUUUAGAUGUAAAUAUAUUAUCAUUAAGAGAAUCAGGUGUUUUGGAUGAGUUAAAGAUGAAGUGGUUUCAAACAAAUAAUUGUCCUGAUUCAUCCAAUGCAUCGACUGUUACUUCUAUGAGCAUUGAAGCAAUGGCUGGAUUGUUUGUUACAUUUGCAGUUAUUAGUAUUCUGUCAUUAUUAUUAUUUGCAUGGACGAGAAGGCUUCUCAUAAAAGAUAUUCUAUUUAAAUUAAUGCAUCGAAAGGUUCCUUUAGUGAAACAAAAUGUUUCAAAUAGAAGAAAUUCAAGUAAAACUCGUAAAGUUUCACGAAUUUCGCAAUGA